AUGAAAGCCUCUAAUAGAUUGAUUUAUUUGAAAUCUAUUGUUAGUUUGGCAAACAAACAAGCAAACUACCGAGUGGCUGCUUGCGAGUUCUCAAAGCAAGCUUGCAGCUUCCGACGUCUGCAACAAUCCGCCACAAUGGCUUUGGCUUCCAGGGCUUCCCUUCUUGUAGGGCUCAUGAUUGUUGCAGUGAUUGCACCCGUGGCGAUAGCCCAGCUCGGGAACAUCAUCGUCAGUGGCACUGUGCCAUGCAGCACAAGCACCACCACUGUUACAGCAGCAACACCAGUGUUUCCAAAUGCCACUGUGCUGCUACAGUGUGGGAGCAACGUCAUAUCCAGCGCAAUCACGAACAGCAACGGAGUGUUUACUAUGCUGGUGAAUCCAGUGGACUCAUUGCUCACGCUGUUGAAUAGCUGCAAGCUGGUCAUCCCCACUCCUCUCUCCACCUGCAACACGUCGCUCCCGUCUACUGGGAUCCUGCAGUCCUCCUUGCAGCUACUCUCAGGUGGACUCCUCGGAGGAAUUCUCGGCGGCAUCUUGAAUUUGGUCCCCACUCUUUUCACCUUGGUUGGGAAUCUCGGCUAAGAAGAUGAUGACCACUGGAGCCAUAUACCGAAGAUAUAUAU